AUGAUGUUUCUCAUUCCUUUAAUUUUACUAUUUCAACCUAGCUUUAGUUUUCGUAGUUUUGGAGCCAAUUUUACUAAAGCAAACUCAAAUUUUAGUUGUCCACAAUAUCACUAUUAUUAACCAGACUUAAUCCCUCAUACAUGCGUUGGUAUAUAUCUUUCAUAAAGAAGGGUACAUUUCUAUAUGUAAAGGAGUUACUGAAGUAACUAUAAAGAUAUAAGAUAAUUAAGAAGUGCUAUGUCAUCCAAGGUUUUAAGCAUUUUAUUUAAUGCCUUUAUCUUCUAAUAAUUUUAUUGUUCGUUGUAUUUCCCCUUUUACAACAACUUACCAAUAUGAUUAGAAUGGAGAUGUAACUUAUUCAUGCUAAUGUAAAUUGAGAAUUAAUUGUUUUUUAGAAACAAAUAUUGGAUAUUGCCUUUUAGCUUAAAAUUACACUACAGUGUUAAAAUGUUAGUAUUGUUAUGGAUAUGCAGCUGGGCCAUUGUGUAAUACAUUAUUACCUGGUAUAUAGAGUGGAAUAUUUUAAUGUAAUAAAAUUUUGAUGUUUGAUUAGAAUGUCCAUUGAAUUGUAAGGAUUGUGAUGUAUUAUUAUAAUACUGUCUAAGUUGUUUAGAUGGUUAUACAAAAAGCAGUCUAACUGAUACAAAAUGCAGUUAUUGUAAUAAAAUCAUUAAAAAUUAGAAUGCAAAUUAGGAGAUGCAAGUUGUUCAUAUGAACCUUUAACUGGUACAUAUUUAACUUUAAGUUGUUCAGUUGGGUAUGAAUAAACAAUUGUUGGUAUUUCAAUAGUUUGUAAAAGUAAAAUAUAAUAUUAAGAUAAUUAGAAUGUACUGAUUAUUGCAAUUUAUGCAGAAAUGGUGUAUGCAGUUCUUGCAUUACAGGAUAUUAAUUAGUGAAUGGUAGAUGUUUUGGAGAUCCAAAUUGUAUGAAAUUUUAGUAAGUAAUAUAAUUAUUAACAUAGAAUUGUUUAUAAUUCAAAUAAUUCUCCUACUGGAAUUAAUUGUUUAGAGUGUGAUUUUGGAUACUUUAAAAAAGGUUAGAUUUGUUAAUGUAAUUAAUUAUUGUUUAUAUAAUAGUGUGUUCAACAAUGCCUGGUUUAGAAACAUGUUUUUUAUGUAAUUCAGCAACAGAAUGUAAGACAUGUUAAUCUAGAUAUUAUUUAAAUGAUUAAAAAAAGUGUGUACCUUUUGAUGGAUGUGAUGUAAGAUGUAAUACCUGUUUAACUACUAAUCCAAAAUUUUGUACUACUUGUGAUUACAUUAAUUUUAAAAGAGUAUCAACAGGUGAUGGUAAUUGUGUUUGUGCAUAAGCAUAAAAUUAUGCUGAAAAAUAUGGAUCAUGUGUUUUAUGCACAGAAGGAUUUUGUAAAACUUGUACUCUUAACUUUUUUGAAUGUACAUCAUGUGAUCCAGCAAGAAAUAGAAUUCUAGUAGAUAAUAGUUGUCCAUGUUUAUAAGGAUAUUAUGAAACUGAAUUAGAUGAUAAGAAAUGUUUAAGUAUUAAAUCUUUAAUGAAUUUAGAAUGUCAUGAAACUUGUUAUAAUUGUGAUAAUCCAACAAAGAAUGAUUGUACUGAAUGUGAUAGUCUUAAAAAUAGAUAUUUAUUUCAGGGAUAAUGUUUAUGCAAAAGAGGAUAUGUUGAAAUCUUAUCAAAUGGAGCUUUGGUUUGUUUAGGUUCAUAUAUCAAUAUAAUAAGAAUAUAGCUUGUCAUUCAAGAUGUGAAAAGUGUUCUAAGCCAAAAGAUACUACUACUAAUUAAUAUUGUACUCUUUGUAUUCCAGGUUAAAAGAGGAUGUUGACAGAUAAAUUUAAAUGUGAAUGUAUGAAAACAUAUGGGGAUAAUAAUGGUCUUGUAGAUAUUUGUUAUUGUAAUAAUGAAAAUUAUAUUAUAGAAUGUUAUUAUACUUGUGGGAGUUGUGUUGGUGAUUAAGCUACUGAUUGUAAUAUGUGUUUGGAAUCAUCUUAUAGAUAUUUGACAUUAACAAAUGAAUGUAAAUGCAAAGAUAAUUAUUAUGAAGAUGGUAUCAAUAAUAGAGAUUGCAAAAGUAUUAUUUAUUAAUUAUAUUAAAUUAGGAUGUCAUUAUUCUUGUUAUAAUUGUGAUGGAAAUUCUAAUAUUGAUCAAUGUAUCUAAUGUCCUCCAAGUAGAAUACCUGAUGGAAUAGGAUCUACUUUUAAAUGUUUAUGUUCUGAUCCUCAUACAUUUGAUGAUGGAUAAAGUUUAAUUUGUAGUUAAUGUCAUUAUUCAUGUAAAACUUGUAAUGGAUAUGAUGAGAGUGAUUGUUUAACUUGUGAUUUGAAUUAUAGAUAAUUUGUAUUUUCAAAAUGUGAAUGUCCAACUGGAUAUUAUGAAGUAGGUUAACUUUAAUGUUCAUGUAAUAUUUAAAAUUAUUAUAUAAGAAUGUCAUUUUACUUGUCAAAAUUGUUAUGAUAAGAAUUAAGAUAAUUGUAUAACUUGUUCAGCUGAUUUAAAUAGAAUUUUAAUGGGAAAUACAUGUUAAUGUAAGAGUGGUACAUCAGAUUAUAAUGGUACUUAAGCAAUGUGUGAUAGUAAUAAUAAUAUAUAUUAAUAAAUAAUAUUAGAAUGUUCAUAUCGUUGUGCAGAUUGUACUUAAGUUGAUGUUAAUUAAUGCAUAAGUUGUCCAGAAUUUUCAUUUAGAGAAUUAGGAUCUAAUAAAUCUUGUUCAUGUCCAUCCAAUUUAAUUGAUAUUCCCAAAAAUCCAAUAUGUCAAAGUAAUCAUUUAAUAUUAUUAAUCAGUUUGUCACUUUACAUGUUCUUCAUGUUCUGGAUUUAAAUCAACAUAAUGUACAUAAUGUAGUGAUUUAUAAUAAAGACAAUUAAAUAAUCUAGGAGAAUGUGAAUGUAAAAGUCAUUAUUAUGAAAUUGGAAGUGCAGAAUGUCAAAGUUAUUUCUAUUAUUAUAAUUUUUAGUUUGUAGUAAAUUUUGUUUGGAUUGUUAUCAAACUGCUGAUUCAUGUACUUCUUGUUAACCUGAUAGAUAUUUGAAUAAUGCUAGUACAUGUCUUUGUAAAACAAAAAUAUAAGGAAUUAAGAUUAGUACAUUUUAAUUCUCAACCUAAACAUCUUGUUCUAGUUGUCAUUAUUCAUGUUUAACUUGUGAUGGAUUUUCAUCUUCAAAUUGUACUUCAUGUUUAGAUUCUGAAAAUAGAAUUUAGACUGGAAAUACUUGUGGAUGUAAAUCUAAUUAUUUUGAUUUUGGUUCUACUUCAUGUUAAUGUAUAAAUUUUAUAAUUAACAUUUAAAAGAAUGUAGUUACAAAUGUGAAACCUGUUUUUAAAGAGAAGAUUAUUGUUUAAGUUGUUCCCCUUCUAGUUUAAGAUAACAUAAUAAUUUAUUGAAAUUAUGUAAUUGUCCAAAUGGCUAUUAUGAUGAUGGAAUAAAUUCAAUAUGUUAAAGUAUUUAAUAUUAUAAUAAAUAAUUAGAAUGUCAUUAUUCAUGUUUAAAAUGUUAGGGUAUAUCAACUAAUUGUGAAUUAUGUUCUGACAUAUCUAAAAGAAUAUUGGAUGUUAAUUUAUUAACUUGUAAUUGUAUCUAAGGAUAUUAUGAUGAUGGAGUUGAAAUUUGUAAAUAAUGUCAUUAUUCUUGUUUGUCAUGUAAUGGUUAAGGAUCUAACUCAUGUAAUUCAUGUCUUACAGUAACUACUACAUUUAGAGUAUUUUAUAAUAAAACUUGUAAUUGUUUAUCUGGAUAUUAUGAUGAUGGAUCAUCUAUUAAUUGUAAGAAAUGUUAGAAUUAAUGUUUAACAUGUUAAACUUAUUCAUAUCAAUGUUUACUUUGUCCAAUUACAAGACAUUUAAUUGGAUAGAGUUGUAUUUGUGAUUAAGGAUAUUAUGAUAUUGGUACAUAAAAGUGUAAUGAAUGUAAUUCUAAUUGUUUGAGUUGUUAAAUAACAUCUAUUAAUUGUACUUCAUGUGAUUCUACUAAAUAGAGAGUUUUGAAUAUUUAAACAAAAACAUGUGUUUGUUAAAAUGGCACUAUAGAAAUAAACGGUAUUUGUUAAGAAUGUAAUGCUUCAUGUAAAACUUGUUAAAAUUCAAUUUCAUAAUGUACAUCAUGUUAAUCUAUGAGACUAUUAAUAAAUAAUGAAUGUAUUUGUAUAGAUGGUACAUAUGAAUCCAGUAUUGAUAAUAAAUGUCAUUUUUGUUAUAAGACUUGUUUAACAUGUGCUUAUUAAGAUACUACAUGUUUAACUUGUUCUGAUGCAGAUUUUAGAAUUAUGAAACCAGGAAAUAUAUGUGCAUGUUUUGAUGGAUAUUUUGAAAAUUCAAUAACAUUAUCUUGUAAUAAAUGUGAUAAUUCUUGUAAAACAUGUGAACUUAUAGCAACAAAUUGUACAUCUUGUGAUGAAGUACUUAAUUAUAAUAUAUAAUUUAAUCAAUGUGUUUGUAAAUCUGGUUAUUUUUAUAAUGCUAUAACAAAAUUAUGUGAAGGUAUUAUUAUUAAUAUUUAUUAUAGCUUGUAAUUUUACAUGUAAAGAAUGUAGCAGUUAGUUAAAUUGUAUUGAAUGUGACUUAAAUACUAGAUAUUUUGAUGAUCAAAAUUUUAAAUGUCUUUGUUAAGAUGGUUAUUAUGAAGUCAAUCUUAAUUAAUGUUAAAGUAUAUUGAUAUUUAAUAAUUAUUAGUAUGCAAUAUAUCAUGUUAAACUUGCAUUACAUCUUCAAAUAAUUGUACAUCAUGUGAAACACUUCUAUAUUAUAGAAUUUUAAAUAAUAAUUAAUGUAUAUGUUAGGAUGGAUAUUAUGAUAUUGGAAUAUCAAUGUGUUAAUAAUGUAAUGGUGUUUGUAAAACAUGUUAAUUAUCAGCAUUUAAAUGUUAUUCAUGUUAUCAAAAUGAUCAUAUUAGAAUACUUGUUAAUAAUUAAUGUAUCUGUCAAUCUGGUUAUUUUGAUAAUGGAACUUUAGUAUGUUAAAGUAAUAGAUAAAAAUUAUAAUUAGAAUGUUCAAAUGAAUGUCUUACUUGUAGUGGAUCAGAGAAUCAUUGUACUAGUUGUGAUAUUAAUUAAAAAAGAAUAGAUUAAUCAAUUAUUUAUAGAUGUCCAUGUAUAACAGGCUUUUAUUCUGAUGAAAAUAAGAUAUGUUAAAGUAAUAAAUAAAUUUAAUAAUAGAAUGUCAUAUUAAAUGUGCUUCUUGUCUUAAUUAAAGUGAUCAUUGUUUGAGUUGCAAAUUCUUACCUAAUAAUAAUAGAUAUACACUUUCAUAAAAUUGUGAUUGUAAAUCUGGUUAUUAUGAUGAUGGUAUUUAAUUACAAUGUUAACAAUGUAAUCCUAGAUGUAAAACUUGUAUAAAUACAUCAAUUUAUUGUUAAACAUGUUUUGAUAGUCUAAGAUUCAACCCACCUUAAUGUGAUUGUAUUAAUGGUUAUUUUGAAAAUGAGUAAAAAUAAUGCUAACGUAUAUAAAUGUAUUAAUCUAUUAUUAGCAUGUAAUCAUUAAUGUAAUACUUGUAUUAAUGAAUCAUAGAAUUGUUUAACAUGUAAACCUGGUAGAAUAACAAAUUUAUGUAUAUGUUAAGAUGGUUAUUUUGAAGCAGGAUUGUAAGCAUGUUUAAGUAAUUAAUUAUAUAAUUUACAUAGAAUGUGAUAUUUAAUGUAAUACAUGUAAUGUAACAACCUCAAAUUGUUUAACAUGUAAAGGUGAUCGUAUCAAUCCACCAAAUUGUACAUGUUUAUAAGGUUACUUUGAUGAUUUUAUCAAUGAUAAUUGUUAAUUAUGUGAUUCAUUAUGUAAAACAUGCAAUCGAUAGGGUUGUAUCUCUUGUGCAGGAAAUAGAAUUUUAUCUGAAGAAUUUACUUGUGAUCCACCUGAAAAUUCUAUAUGUAAUGAUAUCACUCCUUGGUGUUCAAGUAUAUAUUAUAAUAUAUUAUUUUUAGCAUGUGAAGUUGCAGUAUUGAAUAUUCAAAUAUCUGAUGAUUUGAAAUCUAUAAUUGUUAAAUUUGAUUUCCCUUUAAAUCCUUAAAGUAUGUCUAAUUAAGUUUAACAAAAUUUGUGUUAUUAAAUACUAUCCAAUACUAAUUUAAUUAAAUUUGGACUCAAUCCUUAAUGUAAAAUUGAUGAUAUUGAUAACAAAAUUCUAUAUUUAAACUUUGGUAGUAAUCCAACUAUAAUUGAAGGAGAUACUAUUGAAUUCCUUCCCAAUACAUUAUAAUAACAAGAUUGCAAUGUUAAGUUAUCAAUAUUUAUAUUAAACAAUGUUAAAUCACCAUAAAAUCCAGUUAGUCCUAUUUUAGAAUUCAAUGUACCUGAAAUUUAAUUAAAUCCUUGUGAUAAUAAUAUUAUUACACUAAAAUCAAAAUCUAAUGAUGGUUUUAGAGGAUUAAAAAAUAUUAUAUGGACAUAUAUUGUUUAUGGAUCUUUUGGCAAUGGAGAUCUUGAUAUUUUUGUAUAAUAAUAAACAAGUCUCUAAUUACUAGAUUUAAAUAUAGAUGCUCUUAUAUUACCAAAAUAAUCUAAUAUUACAUUUACAGUUAGAUUUUCUAAUUUUAUUGGUUAAUAAUCAUAAUAAAUUAUUAAAAUAUUAACUCAUUCAGGUGCUGAACCUUCAGUUAAUUUUAAUGUUAAAAAACAAUUUUAUUCAUUUUCAAUUAUAAAUAUAGCUUUUACAAUAUAAAAGAUUAAUUGUUCAACAUAAUUGAUUGAAAAUUCUAAUUAUUAGAUAAGUUUAUAAGAGAAUGCUAGAACAUUUGGUUCACCUUCAGAAAUUGAUUACAAAACAAUUUCAAAUCAGAAAGAAUUUAAUAUAAAAAUUCCAUCUUAUAAAUUAACCCCAAGAGCAUUAUAUACAUUUUAAUUAAAUGUUUCUGAUUCAUCAAUAAAUUACUUUUCCUCAUAAUAAACUAUAAUUGAAAUAAUUCCUGCAGGAUUCUUAUGUAAAUUUAAUGGAGUCUAACCAAUUUAAGAUUACAAAAAGGAUCUAAAAAUAUUAAUUGAAUGCUAAGAUUUAGAUACAAAAUAUUUACCUAAUUAAGAUCCUGAUUUAACUAUUAAUGUUAAUUGUACUGAUUUAUCUACAAAUAAUAUCUGUUUGGACAUAAAAUCUUAAAAAAUUAAAGUUAAUAAAACAGAUUAUGAACAAAAGAUAUUGAAAUAUUCAGUAAAAUCAUUUACAGUUUAAUCAUGGAAAGUAACUGCAUACAAAAAUGGAUCAAAUUAAACUUUUGAAUAAGUAGUUGUAUUCUUAGAAGAUAAUUUUAGAGAAUUAUAAAUGAAUUAUAGUAUGGGUUAUAAUAUGAGACCAAUAAAUAGUUAUGAAACUCUCAAUUUCACUUAUUUAAUACCUUUCAGAGAUUUACCAUUGAUUUUAGAAUAUAGUAUAGGAAUAAUAUAUGAUUUUGAAGUUUUGGCUAUAUUACAACCAAGUUGUUAUUAAUAUUAAUUUAGAUUGUUUGAUUAUUAUAGGUAAUUUAAUAAAGGAAAUUAAAUUAAUCUUAAAUUUUUAGUCUAAUAUAUUAAUGAUAUAAUGCCAGCAUAGUAUAAUUUAAAAAUAAAUUUAAAUUAACCACCUUAAUGCACAAUUUCUAUUGAUUCUAAAGGUAAUAAAGCUUUAAGUUAUAUCAAUGUAAUAACUAAUUGUCUAUUUUCAAUUGACACUCCAUAUAAAUAUUAACUAAGAAUCUUACUCAAUGAAAAAGAUUAUGUAGAUUACAAAUAAACAAAAUCUGAUUAUUCAUUAAUAUUAUACUCAUUUUAGAGUUCAAACAAAUUCUAAAUUUUAUUACCCUAUUCUUAAAUAUAUGUGAUUGUAUAAAUUAUGGAUGCAGAUGGAUCAAUAACAAAUAUUGAAUAAGAAAUAAUAAUAGAUAAAAUAGAUUAAAUUUAUUUUAAUUGUUCAACACUUUCAUAUUAGAAUUCCACUUUUAGAUAUCAAAUUGCUUUAGCUUUAGAAUUAAUUCUUAAUAAUAAUCAAAAUUAAAUUUGUUUAUAAGUUGCAAAUUAAAUCUUAUCUAAUAUCAAAUAAUUAGCUACUACCUAUAAAUUUGAAGAUUAACAAUUAGCUUAUAAAUUUAUCAAAGUUUAUACACAUUAUUACUUAAAUAUGAACUAUACAAACUCUACUAAUUUAACUUAAAGAACACUACAAGAAUCUUCAAUUAAUAGAUGUUAUGACAAUACAAACUAGAAAUUCAUUAUUACAAAUUUAAAAGAUUCUAAUGAACCAUAAUAUAAUUACUCUUAUUUAUAGACAAAUGUGAAUUAAUUGAAAAUUAAUAUAAAUCAAUUAAUAAAAGAUAAAUUUUAAUUAGAAUUAUAAAUAAAUGAAGACUCUUUAAUUUUAUAAGAAUCACUUUAUUAACACAGAGAAUUAAUAUUAGAAUCAUUAAAAAUAUCAAUACUAUUCAUUGAUGAUGCAUUUUCAAUAUUAUCAAAAACAAUCAUAACUAAGGAUAGUGAAAAAAUAUUAAUAUAUAAUAUUGGUGAAUAACUUUUAUAAUUAAUAUAAUCAAUUUCUGAUUAAAUCAAUAGUCAAGCUUAAGUUGAUGGAAAUGAACUUAUUAUUUAUGGACAAUAAUUAUCAUGGAAAUUAAAAAGAUAAUCAAAAACUAAUUUCAAUAAAUUAUCUAAUAUUGAAUUUGAUUUCACUGAUCAUUUCAUUGCCUUUAUUGAAAAAGCUUAAACAUCUAUCUCUUAUAAUUUCUAUCAUUUAUUAAUUGAUUAUUAAUAUUAAUUACAAUAAUAAUUAAAUUAUUCAUAUUUGUAGAUAGAUUAAAAUAAUUUAAUAAUUGUAAGUCUUAGAAAUUAUAGAACUAUGUAAAAUUAUGUAAAUUAGGAUAAUUUUUCUUAAUAAUAUAAUGUUCAAUUAGAAUAAUUAUAAUAUUGUGAAGAGACUUAGAUAUAUAAUUAAAAUGACGUUUAUGAACUCUCUUGUAUUUAAUUAUCUAAAACUAAUUUAUUUCAGAUUUGCGAUAUUAAUUCCAUUCACCAAAAUUCUUCUGUUUAAGUACUUUGUAAUUGUAAUUAAUUUGGAAAUAUAUUUUUAAUUCAAAUACCUAUAAAUUAAACAAAAAAUUAGAACAACUCUGAAAUUUCAAUAGAUCCUAUAAUUACAGAAUAGAAAAAUCUCUAUAUUUUUGAAUAACCAUUUAUCUUACUUUAAAGCAUAUUAAUUUGCUUUUCCAUAUUAAUUUAUUAUUAAUUGUUUACUAUAGAAAAUAAACCUAAUGAAUAGAUAACUUAAGUGUAUUAAAAUAUAGAGAGUUCUGAUGAUUUAAAUAAAAUAGAGAAAAAGGAUCAAUUAAAAUGUUAUCCAGGCGAUAUCUUUAUUAUUAAAGAGAAUUAUAAAGUAUUUUAUUGUAUCUAUUUUAGUACAUUCAUUAAUUUUUUUCGAUAUUCUAUUGUGAUGAUAUGAUUUUAAAGAAGAGUUAUAGGUUUCUACAAUUUUUUACAGAACUUAGUUUUCUGAAUCCUAUGGCAAUUUGUUUAAUAACUGUAUUAUCAGAUGAAUUGCUAUUAAAAAUGGUAUUCUUCAUCAAUUUUUCGAUUAUCUUAUUAAUGAGAUUUAUAUUUAAGUUAUUUUAAGCAAUAUAUAGAUUUGGUGGAAGGUGUGCUCUACUUAUAGUUUUUAUUUUGAUAUUGCUCUAAAUACUUAAUUAUAUAUUGUUCAUAUAUGCACUUAUAAAUAAGUAAUAUAUAUUAUAUAUAUAUUAGUAAUUAAAACACUGGAUAUAUCAAUAUACAGAUAUUAUUGAUUUCAGGAGGAACAAUAGUAUUAACAUAUUUCAUAUAUGAUCCUGUAAUAAUUUUGGUCAGAAUACUUUUAUAUAAAAUAAUAAUUUAAAGUAUUAAAAGUAAGUAACUUAAUCCACUAUAUCAUUUUGUCUAUUUUUUCAUACAACAUUAUAAGUUAGAUGAAAUAUUUGACAAAUAUAUAAUAUUUUGA